AUGCCAAAGAAAAUGCAAAAAAAGGUUCGGAAAGAAAUCGACCAAACUUUAACGCAAAAGUCAAUUUCGUCGAUCAUCUCCUUACAUCUUUCACAAUUUCAACGAACCUACGACAUCAUUCCCACCAAUCUUUCUCUCGAAAAACUUUUGACUCCUUCUCAUACCAAACCUUCACGCAGAAAUAAAUUUUCAUUACGCUCUCCAAAUGGGUUCAUUCUCUACCGAAAAGAUAUUCAGCAAGCAAUUAUCGAAAAUGAUUCAAAUGCGACAUUUGAAAAAAUUUCCAAUAUUGCUUCAGAAAGAUGGAAAAAUGAGUCGGAAGAGAAAAAGAAUUUUUUUAACUUGUUGUCAAAGGUCGCAUAUCUUGUUUAUUUGGAUAUAUGUGAGUAUUACGUGAGACAAGAUAAAGAACGGAAAAAAGAAAAUAUAAAAAUCGAUAUUUGCGAGAUGAAUAGACCAUGGAUGCAAUCUUCAAUUUUCCCAACCAUGCUAAUUUUGCCUAAUUCUCUCCAUUGUAAGGAAGCAACUGGCGAUGUACUCAUUGAAUCUAAUCAAAUUUCAGAUCAUUCAUUUUAUGAUAAUGAUGUUACUCAAGAAGUUCCUUCCAUUUCAUCUUAUAAUAUUGAUCAGUCCAUUUCUCAUUCAACUUCUUCUAAUUUUAAUCCUUCAUUCGUCUCAAACGCUAAUGAAGGUUCCGCGAGUUAUCAUAGUAAUGAUCAUUUUCAUUUUCAAGUUUUGGAAAUCCCGUAUAUAUCUGACUUUCCCUGUCAAAUGCCUUCGCAUUCAUAUUGCGUUAAUGAAUGUAUUAUGAGUCUCAAUUAUGAAAAUAAUGAUAAUUCGUACAUUUUUAAUGAUGUGAAUCAUCAGGGUUCUUCUUUAGGUUUUCAAGAGAACAAUGAUAAUAGUAUAUUAUAUGAUGUUAGUGGCAUUAGUGACAGUACGAUUGAUGAAGCCUCUCUAAAUUAA